AUGGGAUCGGCGCUUGCAGACUUGGCAAGCCAAAGAGCGGGCAGUCAAGGGGCAAGGAGUCGUUCCCCACUGUCUGCACCGCACAGACUGCACGAGAGUCACCCACACCCAGGAUCUGCAAGAGAGACACCCUCAGACACAGACCCAGACAGCUCCUCAUCAAGCGAGCACUCCUUUGAUAUGAGAACUGGAGCCAUUGUGAUAGAUAUUGGCACAGGGAGCUUUAAAGCUGGGUUUGCUGGACAACAGAAACCUACAUCUGAAAUCGGCACCUUGGUGGCCUGUCCUUCAAGGUCAUCCCUGGAGUCCACAAGGAUUCAGCCUCAGACCUUCUUUGGGGAGGAAGCCUUCCUUCAUGAUGAUGUUGACACUAUCGGACUUACGCAGAGCGGCAUCAUCAUCAAUUGGGAGGCAGCCGAAAUCCUGUGGCAGCACAUGUUCGACCAUGACCUCAUGGUCGCUCCUGAGGAGCACGCUUUACUCAUCACAGAUCCCCCGCUAAACCCCAGCACCAACCGAGAGAAGCUGGUGGAGAUGGCGUUUGAGUCGCUGCACUCCCCCGGAAUUUACAUUGCCUCUCAGUCCGUCCUCUCUGUGUACGCCCACGGUCAAACCAGCGGUUUGGUCGUGGAUGCAGGCUAUGCCGUGACCCACACGGUACCUGUUGAUGAGGGUUACAGCCUAUCGCAUGCAGUUGAGAGGAUGGAUAUCGCCGGAUCCCACAUGACACAUUACUUGAUGAAGCUUCUCAGGGACUCCGGGUACAUGCUCAGUGAAGCCAUGACCCAAGUCAUAGAAGACAUCAAGCACAAAUGCUGCUAUGUUGCUUCUGACUUUGAAAAUGAAUGCUACCUCCCUGAGGCCUUCUACACAGUGGAUUUCCCCUUGCCAGAUGGUCAGACCAUCAGUCUUGGGAAAGAGAGGUUCCAGUGUCCGGAAGUGCUCUUCAACCCCCCUCAGGCACGUGGGAUUCCUUACGUGGGAAUUCACGAGAUGACCCAGAGAAGUCUAAACAAACUACCAGAAGCAGUCAGGGAAAAAAUGUGCCAAAACAUCCUCCUGUGUGGAGGGUCCUCUCUCUUCGAGGGACUAGAGAAGAGGUUUUCUGGUGAACUCCUCCAAAAAAUGCCCUCUCAGGCCAAAAUCAGAGUAUCUGCCAUCCCCCUGAGGAGAUAUUCUGCCUGGAUGGGGGGGUCUAUCCUCGCCUCCCUGAAAAACUUCCAGUCAUUCUGGAUCCGAAAGGAGGAUUACAGUGAACAUGGACCAUACAUUGUCCAUCAGAAAUGCUACUAA